UCUCCCCGUGUCCAAGGAGACGACGGCCAUAACUUAAUUGAUUUUGCAGAUUUUGAUUUCUAUAAUUUCCGAUAAAACCAUCAAAAUUCUCAGCCUCAGCCUCAGCCCUCAGGACCAAAGAUGAAGGCAGCUCUGCCUUUGCUACUAUGUUUGGUGGCUUUGCUUGUUGCGCCUCAGAUUCUCUCGGGGUUUCCCUUGCCUUCCACUUCCACAGUGCCAGCUUUCCUCUGGUCACCUCAUUACCAUCAAGUGAAGGCAGCCAUAAAUUAUCAGACUAUCUCCCCAAAGGAUUUAGCUAAGUCUGUUCUUUCAGAAGGUGGCUGGUCGAACGUACUGUGCUCUGGAAACAAAUUUCAUCAGCCUUUGGAGCUGGCUCUUGUCUUCGUUGGUAGAGAGUUACAAUCUUCAGAUAUUCCUGCAAACAAACAUGCAGAUCCAGCCCUUGUGGACUUGCUCAAAGGUUCUUUCACAGGAUCCAAUUUCUCAAUGGCCUUCCCAUAUGUUGCUGCACCAGAGGAGGAUGCUAUGGAAAAUUCAUUGGUGUCAGGGAUUUCGGAGACUUGUGGGCAGGAUUUUGGAUUCAGUAACGUUGCUUUCUUGGAGUCGUGCUCUAUUGAGGGUGAAAAUUUUCAAAAGCUUGCAAACCUGCAAUCGUUCCAUGAUUAUCUUGGUUCAAGGACGGAGAAGAGAUCCAAUGGAGAAGUAGAUUUGGUUGUGUUCUGUCAUAAAGGAUCUGGUUCUUCCAAAGAACUUGACCAAACACAUACGGAGGGUAAAAUUUUUUCCGAGCUUAUUAGUUCCAUGGAUCAGUCUGGGGCAAAAUAUGGAGUUCUAUAUGUUUCAGAUCCCAGUAAGUCAAUCCAAUAUCCUUCUUAUCGAGAAUUGCAAAGGUUUCUUGCUGAAAGUGCUUCAGGAAAUGCAUCAGCCAAUUCAACAGCCUGUGAUGAAGUUUGUCAGAUCAAAUCAUCUCUUCUAGAGGGACUUCUAGUUGGAAUCGUUUUGCUUAUAAUCUUAAUAUCAGGCAUUUGUUGUAUGAUGGGCAUCGACACUCCAACAAGAUUUGAGGCACCCCAAGAGUCUUGACUUGUAUGUGCAAGAAGAUAACACCUAUCUGUUGUGGUGCAGGGGCUGGGUAUUGGGUCUUAGGUAUCACUCAAAGUAGUUGCUUGUUAUUAUAUAUAGUGGCAGUGGGUUGUUACCUUGUAAUAUUUGUUUUUUUUUCUCUCUCACAUUUUGAAAACCUUGUAAUAUUUGUUCACUUGCUCAAGAGCGUUAUAUUAUGUUGGCAAUAAUGAUUUAGGGUUAUCGUUAAAUGUGUAUCCUCCUGAUAAUGAUUUUGACCCCGGUCGGUUGUCUAUGGCUGUGUAA